AUGGAACGAAAGGCAAAGCGGCCUCGAUAUUUGCCCUUACCCGUGAACCGCGACUGGACUCAUUGGCUCCAAAAAAAUUCAGACAGGUAUUUCAUCGCAUGGAUUACAAACUUAUGUUUGGCUUCAAUAUGGAAACUAAAGUUUUUCUUAAAAGCUAUUCGAAUUAUGAUGUUGAGGAGAAAGGUGCUACUAGGUUUCAUCACUGUUUGCUUGAUUUGUCUUACCAUGAUCGUCGUGAAAUUUCGUUAUAAAUCUUCUUUCAAAUGGACUAAAUCCAAAGACGAAAUACAGCCUUGUUCGGAAGAACAAACUGUUUACAUUAACGGGAGGCUGGUCUGUCAAAACGACAAUUCGUUUAAAUACCUGUCUUAUCAACCGCCUGGCGGGGGAUGGAAUAACCAACGAGUUGCCUUUGAAAAUGCUGUUGUCUUAGCAAAGUUGCUGAAUAGAACACUCAUGGUCCACCCUCUGGCGCCACAUCAGGAAAUUCUUCGACUCAAACGAACUCGAAGAAUAUCAGCUGGUUAUGAAAUAUAUAAUAUGCUAACUAAAGAUCAACUACUGCCAUUAUCCAGGGUUAUCGAUCUGAAACUGCUGUCGAAACUGACUCCCAUAAAAGAAAUCACUUCUAGUCAUAACGAGUUCAAAAACCUAUACAAAAACUUAAAAUGGGCUCGAAUUUGCCACAAUGGGCUGUUUGGAACUUGGAUUGAUGCUAUACCAAAGAAGACUGAUGAUACGAGGUGGAGAAUUCUUCGACGACAUAUGAGGAAGUCAUCAGCCUCAUACGGGGCCAUCCCCCUUUAUCGCCGCAUUUGUAAUCAGGAACUAAAACAAUAUCAAGCCAACGCCUCUAUCGAAAGACCUGUGUGGGGUAUUAUGGACGAACUGUUCUAUCGAACUGAAGAUCUGAUAUAUUUUGCCGAAGGAUCCUUAUAUAGCAGAGAAUUGCUAUUCUUUGAGAGGGAAACCGUGCUGAACGCGCAUGAGUGGAUUAUGCGAUUUAUUCGUUUCGCGCCAAAUAUAAGGAAAAAAGUCGCGAACGUGUUAGAAAUACUCGAACGCCCAUAUAACGCCAUUCACGUGAGAAGAACGGACCACCCAUCAAGUGCUCUAGUAAAGCAAGACUACUGGUUAUGGAAAUUACAGCAGCGGGAGGCACUAAACCUUACAAAGACACUCUACAUCGCAACGGAUGAGAGAAACAAAACUUGGUUCGAUCCCUUUAGAGACGCGGGGUACAAUUUGUUCUUCGCUGAGGACGUUAAUGAAGCCCUGCAACUUAAAAAUGUAAACAGUGCCUUUGUCCAAGACCUGUUGGGGCUCUGCGAACAAUUCAUUUGCGCUCAUGCAGACCACUUUGUAGGGUCAUAUUAUUCCACCUUUACAAUGUACAUUAAACGACUAAGGAAGCAGUUUUCUUGGAAAAAAGAAAUGCUACGCAAGGCUUACACGUCCAUCAUAUGGACUGGGUCAAAUGACGCUAGAAAAUAG